UAGCAAGAAGGUGUCGGUAUCCCCGGUUAGGCGAUCGACACAGCCUCAUCGGCUUAUCAACGAACCAGUUCUACUCAAACUGGAGUUGGCACUCCCGAACUCCGUAAGGCCAGAUACGAAUACGGGUGGGCGAACAUCCGGCGAGAGUACGCGGAAGGAAGCGCCUCUCCCAUUCUCCGAGCCAGCCGUAUACGUAAUUGCUGCCAGCUGGCCCCCAUCAUCUCCCUUGUGAGUCCCCCCUUAAAUUCGAAUGACAAAGAUAAUUUUCGUUCUGAGGGGGCUCUUCUGUCUCCCUGAUCAGAGGUACCAAACAUUCACCCGGUCUCAAGAGCUGGCAGGACUCCCGUUUUCUUCGAGUAGUUGGACGGUUUCCCCGUCCAAGUAUGGAGUCGAUGCCAAGGAACGCCCAAUCGCAUCGAGCACACGACCCAACGCCGGAUCGGUCAAUAAUGAGACAGCCCCCUCACCAUACAUAGCCAUAUCUCUCGGGAUUCUACAAUGAUUAGUGAACCGGUGAUUGGGUUCCCCCGGGGCGCACAUCAGAUUAGUUAUGUACUAUGGAUACAGUCAUCUACUUCUAGACCCGAGCCAGUGAGCCACCCCUAGGCCAAGACACGCGUCCGACUACUCCGACUGUCCAGCGUACCAUCAUUUGGAGCUGGAAGAGGGUUUCCUUCCAUGUCUUAACCCUGUUUUUUUCUCCUCCCCCAUAAUUCCCUGGGGACUCCCUGCUGUCGUCGAUCUCUUUUAUAUAAUCAUAAUCCUCUUUUCACUCGCUCGUGGCGGUCGAGUUUCCGCCCUCCGCCCUCCGCUCCCUCUUGUGCUCUUUUUCUCUUUCCAUCCCUUGCUGUCUCGCAGUCUUAUUUUUUACUAUUGUUUGAACCACCCUUGUUCUGGGGGGUUUCUUGUUCUAAGUCAACAUAAUCCAUUCACUGGAGAGUCUGCUUUUGGUCUCAUCUUUUUCAAAAUGUCGGCGACCACGCCGGACAUGGGGAAACCCCAGUUCUCCUCGCACUCAUGGCUGGAGCCACUGGUGGUCGUUAGCAUCAUGAUUGGCUCUCUCGUGCUUAAUCGGCGCAAAAACUACAGCAUAUUCGGCAACAGAACCACUGACGAGCGCAAUCCCCGCGGUUAUUUUGACUCUGUAGAUGACGUCCGCGGACAGUCGCCCGACCCGGUCAAAGCAGAGCGCGUUUGUGGCAUUCCUAUCACCACACCGGACUCCUCGCGUUGGGCCAAUCAUUUCCACAGCCGCAUCUUGUACAAGUUUCCCUUCUUGGUUGAGAUGUUCUAUUGGGCUGUCAACUAUUUGUUCUACUCCGUCACCAAGGCGACGGCGCAAUGGCUGGUUCCUGCUCAGGUCGCCGUGGUUGAAGUCGCUCAGCGACAUGGCGAGGAUAUCCUCUGGUUCGAACAUGAGUCGAUCUUCCGAUGGUUCUUCCCGAUCUUGGAAUCGGACUUCCAGGGUUAUUUCCUGGGUAGUCACCCGGGUAUCAUGACCUUUUUUAACCGGAUUUACUCGCUCGUGCAUAUCCCAGGAACCGUACUCUUCAUCUCCUGGUACUAUCACGAAGCUCCCAAUGCAAACACUUUCGCCCUUGUCCGCCGCACCAUGACCCUCGGCAACUUCUUCGCUUUCGCAACUUUUUGCGUAUACCCAUGCAUGCCACCCCGUCUCCUCCCCGAGUCCUACCAUUUCUUCGAUACCGUCCGUCAAGAUCACGCCGAGAGUGUCUGGGUCGACAGCAAGUCCGUGAAUCAAUUCGCCGCCAUGCCCAGUCUCCACUUUACCUACGCCUUCGUGAUCAGCAGCACAUUCCUCUACCAUUCUGAAAUCCUUCGCCGACUCCGCGGCAAGCCCGUCCGGAAGUCCACUCUCACUCAAAUCAUCUACACGGUGCUCGCUUUCGCAUACUCGCUGCUGGUUCUCAGCGUUAUCGUCGCGACUGCAAACCACUACUGGUUGGACGCGGUCAUGGCCAUGAUCUCGGUCACCGUGUGCUUCAUGAUCAACCGCGUGUUCCUCCUACUACUGCCAGUCGAGUACUGCCUCUGCUGGGUGCUGCGACUGGCCAAGCCGCCUCCCCACGUUGGUGGGAACAAGUCCGACGUCCAGAGCGGGACCGAGUCACCCAGAUACCGGUCCGUGCCGGGCUACGAUGUUGUGUGAUCUAUAUAACUCUUCAUAUUUCUCGACGUCGCUUCUACCCGUUUCUCAUCCUACAUUUGCAUACGAGACUACAUUUGCAUCGUUUUGCAUCAUUUUCUUCUAAUUCCACUAUAUAAAAAGCCCGUGUGCUUAUUUAUUAAUCAUCGUUGGGAGAAACUUUUGGCCCCCCCCCCCCGCACGCCGCCGCGUGAUCUACAUUUUAGCGUGAAGCUCAGUCUCGGUUCGGAUAGGAUCCGAACAGAACUUUUUCGUUUCCGAGGGAUUCGAAACUGAUACCCCAAAGAUGUGUGAUGAUCAUCUUCUUGCAGCAAAUAUGGUAGAGUUAUUCUUGGUGAUCGUGAUCUAGUGUUGCAUUCCGAUAUAGCAAGGUCAUGACUUUAGACUUGGGAUGCCUUUUGUCGGAAUACCAUCAUGGAAGAGCCUCUGAAAUGAAAGCCAUUCUGUGGAACUGCACCACCUGAACCGAUGUUACUCUAUGCGUGAAGCUUAUUUAUUUAGUAAAUUGUGGAUCAGGAGUCGUAUUUCCCCAGAUCUCUACGUCAAAGAUGAUCGUCCAGUCGAUCCUAUCCAUAUUUUGAA